CUUGGUUUUAUGUUCCAGCUCCUCCCAUGCGCCCAUCCCUCCCGUCUCUCCUCACUGUACGCAAUCUAAUAAAGUGUUCGCAGCGCAGCAUAAUGGUUAGGACGCUGGUUCCUGAUUCAAGCCUGUGUGCCUGCAAACCUUUGCCUUGCUGAGUGACUUUGAGUAAGAUAUUAAAUCCCUCUCAGCUCAGUGUUGUUUAAUAGCUGAUCUGAGCUUUGUGGAGGGUGUAGAGAAACAGAAGUCACCAAAACUGCCUUAAAGUACUUGUACAAUAUUAAAAUGCGCUGUUAUUUGGUAAUAGUUGCGAUUCUCCAUUUUGUUUUGGUGUUGUUCAGUGACCAAAAAUCCACCAUAAACAUAGUUAACAUAAGGAUCUAUCCGCUACAUAACAGCUGAGGGGGCGUGUUAUUAAAAUAACCACAAAAGAUCACAUAAUGUGUCAGUAAUCCAGUUAAUGAAGUCAAUUGUUACUGACUGUUGACAUUUUAAAGAGCACAUUUGAGAAAUACAUGCAUGAAUUGACAUUUUCGUUUGCCAUUAGCAUCCAGUACAGAUUACAUUGCACUGCAGCUAAUACAUGCACCCAUUCCUAAUGCGUAUUUUUUUAUAACUCAAUCAAGAAAUAUGAUAUUCUGGCAUGACGAUGUCAAUUGACCAUAUGUAAUCAUUUGCUUAAGGUUAAUAUCCUGUUUGCUGUGCUGGAUAUGAAAGCAGCUCAUGUGAAACUAUGUGGCCUUCUACAUGUUUGAUCUUCACAUGCACUUUGAGUUUAAGCUUAUAAUUACCUUCAGCUAGACUGGAGAAGGCUCUGAAGGGGCACAGGUCAUGUGUAACGAACGAGGCAGACCCAAUAAGUAAACCAAAAACACUCGAGCCAAUGAAAUGGCUUUGAGAGGUCUGAGGUCACGCUUGCCUGAAGCUUGUGUUUUCUUUGGUUGAUGUCUUGCUUGUCUUUGGGCGUCUUGUGCUCUUCUAUCGCUGUAUUAGAGCUUCUGAGUUACGCAUAUGGUAAUGAGGCUAGCCUUCUUUGAGGCGAAAAGUUUUUAAAUAGUCAGAUAUUAGUUUUUGUAAGACUGGUGCAUGAGGUGCAAUGUUGCAAAUAAGGUCACUGCUCAUCCUUCUGUUGGUGGCCAGAUGUGUUGCAGUGGAAGAAACCCAAAGUAAAGGCUGUGUUUGCGGACAUCCUGGAAUACCGGGGGAUCCUGGACACAAUGGUACCCCGGGCAGAGACGGCCGAGAUGGACUCAGGGGUGAUAAAGGUGAUCAAGGUGAAAUUGGCCCGGCCGGACGAGCAGGUAAUGACGGCAACAAGGGAGAUAGAGGAGAGCCUGGUGCAACUGGUCCAGCAGGUCUCAAAGGAAAAAGAGGUGAUAAUGGAGAACGAGGGCCUCCAGGGAAAAUGGGCCCCCAAGGAGUACAAGGGCCCAUUGGUCUGAAAGGAAAUAAAGGAGAGCUUGGGUUGCCUGGACGCCAAGGACCCCAAGGAGAUUUGGGGCCUCUUGGACCAGAGGGUCCAAAGGGAGAAAUUGGCCUCCGAGGUGACAGAGGGAUUCAGGGACCACUGGGACCACCAGGCAAGCCAGGCUUGAAGGGGGAAAUAGGUGUUCCUGGCCACAAAGGAAGUAUAGGUUAUCGAGGGGACAGAGGGCCUCGAGGUGAGAAGGGUGAUAUGGGUGAGAAGGGAGAUGCCCUAAUCAUCCCUAAAAGCGCCUUCUCUGUGGGACUCACGGCUCAAACUAAACUUCCACCAGCGAACGCACCGAUCCGGUUUGACAAGAUUGUUUACAACGAACAGAAUCACUACAGUCCGCAAACAGGAAGAUUCACAUGCUCGGUGGCAGGUGCUUACUUCUUCACCUACCACAUCACUGUCUUCUCCAGGAAUGUGAAGGUGGCCCUGGUGAAGAAUGGGGCAAAAAUCAUCCACACCACAGAUAACUACCAGAGCAGCGAGGACCAGGCAGCAGGGGGCGCUGUGCUGCACCUGGAGGUGGGGGACAAGGUGUGGCUGCAGGUGGUUGGAGGAGAGCUGUUCAAUGGGCUCUUUGCUGAUGAAGAUGAUGACUCUACCUUCUCUGGGUUCAUAAUAUUUGGAACCUAAUUUAUGAUGAAUUCUUUGAUAAUGAUUGGCAAGAGAAAUAGUAAACUAUUUUAAAUAAUAGAAAUGAGUCAAUGGAGAUCAACUUGGCACUCAACUUUAGUUGAUUUUAUAUUGUGCAAAUGGUAAUAACAUUAAUAUGAUUGGAUAUCAUGGAAAUUCAAUAAUUUAUCAUUUGCUUCACUAAAACCCAGUUUAUUUUGCUUAAUUCUUCUUCACCUUUACAUUUAUAUAUUUACAUAAGGAAACAUGCAUUUCUGUAAUUACUGCUAAUUCAGAUUCUAGCAGCAAAACAAAUGACAAGCUUAAAAACACAUUGCUUUAUUCUACACUAAGCUACUCUGAAAGAUUUCUAAAACAUGUUAAAACAAGAAUAUUUCUUAAUAUGAAUGAAUCCGUGAUAAUAAACAAACGUUAUGCUGCAUUAUUUUUCCUUUUCAGAAACCUACAUUAGAUGCACAAUUCUAUUCAUGCAAAAUUUUAAAUGCAGGACCUUUUUGCUUAUAAUAGUAUUUUUUUUUACGCAUUUUGUUGCUAGUUUCACUAAAUAAUGUGAAUUGCCUCCCAAUUCUGGCCCUGUGAAUACGUGAUGUCAUUAAAUCAGAUCUACUUUCUUGUAGGACCUUGAACAUGCAAUUCUUGUGAAAUGGAUGUCUAAAUCAGCCUGUAAGUUCAAACGUGACCUUAUCCAGAUGAAAUAUAAGUGUGCAAAGGUGAACUCAGCAUUGUUUUUAUCUUCUAGAUCAUUUAAUGUUUCACAAUAAAAAAAGUCAUUAAAUUCCCAUCCCGUUUCUUCUUCUGGUAUUUGAACACGUAAUUUUCCAGAAAUGAGUUUCAAAAUCAGCCUGGAAUUUUGAAGGUGAUAUUGACCAGUUGACAGUGAGGAGUGUAAAGUCUAAUUACAUUCUUUUCUUCUUCUAGCCUGUUAAUGUCUCACAAUAAAUAAAUUACAGAGUCAAUCUUUCUCUUCUUCUGGUGUUUGAACAUGCAGUUCUACCAAAAUAUAUGUUCAACCUAUGUUCAAAAAUAAUAUUAACUUGAUGAGCCUGUUUCAAGGAUCAUAAUCAAAAAAAAGUACAGCAUUCAGGAAGUCAUUCAGAUUAUGAAAAGGAGGUGUAUAAAGUUUAACUGUAUUGUGUUUCCUGCCAGUAAACAAGUCAUGAAUUAAUCUGUUUUUUUUCCUCUAUUACUUGAACAUGUAAAUCUACUGAAAUGGAUGUUAAUGUCAGCCCAUUAGUAUUAUAUUAUCUAGGAGAAAGCUUGCAAAAGUUCUAUCUGCAUUGUUGUUUUUUUCUUCUAGCCUGUUUGCUGUAUUACAACAAAGAAGUCACCCUGUUUCUUCCUCUGGUAUUUGAACAUGUAAAUCCACUAAAAUGUAUGUCAAAAUCGGCCUGUAAGUUGAAAGAUGUUAUCAGCUACAGCAGAAUAUGUGCACAGGUUAAAUCUGCAUCGUCGUUCUUCUAGCCUCUUUGCUGUAUUUUAAUAAAGAGGUCACCAAGUCACCAUGUUUCUUCCUUUAGAAUUUGAACAUUCAAAGCCUACAAUUUCAAAAAUGAUAUUAACCAGAUGAAAUUAAAAUGUACAAUAGUUAACUCUGCGUUAUGCAUUUCCUUUAGCCUCUUUGCUGUACUACAAUAAAGAAGUUAUUAAGUUA